AAAUUAUCCGACAGAUGUGAGUGAAAAUUUUGUGAUUUAGAAUUUUUUAUUUGACCAUGAACAAUUUAUUCGAUUUGAUAAGAAACUGUGAUGGUGUCAAAAUACAUUUGUGAAAUUAAUUAUGAACUAACGAUGAUUUUUCCUGCAAUCGGUUUUUUGGAAGAAACGAAAACAGAAGAGAGUCUGUUGAAUUCUUGACCAGGAUAGGAUAAAAGCAUGAGUUGAAAUGAAGAAAAGCUACACCUCAACAGAUAUUAACCAAAAUCAGGGCCAGGAGCUCUCAAAAAAAUUAUAUCGAUCCGUAAGUGAACAAGCUAAACGUUUAGACGAUGCGAGAAGUUGUGCCCGAAAUGUUGGAGAUCUUUUCACGCCAAAUUUACAAAUACAAAGGAAGAAAUUCUGCGAAUACUGCGAACGGCUGAUAUUCACCGAUCCCCGUUUGUACGGCCGCAAGGGAGAGGAACUGCUGUGGCGCAAGGGCUACUACGAUGUCAUAUCCACCGCGAAGAGACUGAAGAAGAAAGAAUACCAUCCGGACGAAAUCAGCUUCGUUGCGGCUCACAUAAACUCCGGUAUCGGAUUCUACAAUCACAUGAUAUCCAAAUUGCAAUGCCAGUUCAAUUUGAACAUUCGAAUCCACGUCGAUUUCGCUAUAAUGCAAUCCGAUAGAGUCGAUACAGGCGAUAUUAAACCGGAGACAAUCGAUUGGGCAAACCAGUCCGUUCAUCAAUGUUUGAUUUAUUUGGGCGAUCUUAGCAGAUACAAGCUGGAAAUAUACCCGAAUUGGGAGUCGACAUUAGCCACCCGAUACUACCUGCAAGCCAUAUCAUACAGGCCCGAUUACGGGAUGCCUCACAAUCAGAUGGGGACGUUGGCCAUGAAUCAAAAUCAAUUUUUGGACGCUGUUUAUCACUACAUGCGGUGUCUAGCCUGCCCGCAUUCGUUCGAAGGCGCCGGCAACAAUCUAUUGGGCCUGUUCGAGAAGAAUUCCAAGUUCAUCGAGCAACUGCCGGAGGAGGAUAAGAAUGCCGAUUGCAUCAUCGAGCCCGAUCGAAGCGAGAAAAUCAAACGGUUCGUUGCCAGGUUUCUUCUGCUCAUCGACAUCUGGUAUUUCGAUAAGAAAGUCAACAAAGUCUACGAUUUGUGCCAUCAAACCUACAAGAAUCUCGAGGAGUGCCUGACUUUUAUGAAACUGACGAACAGCGAGUCCGGCGAUAGUCCGAGCGAUUCGGAUUCUCUGCCGUCGCAUUUGAGCAACGACAUGGUUUUCAAAAUCGUCGUUGUUUGCUUGAUGUGCAUCAGCAAAUUGCAAUCCACCGAGUCGCCGCAACUCUCCACCGCCGUGGCUUUCGUGCUGGGCGUUUACUCUCAGAUAAUUCAAAAUGUUACCAAUCACAUCAGAGAAGGGGUCUUAAAUUUCCCAUUGAACGAUAACGCGAAGGGGAAGGCUUUAAACGGCAUUCUUAAGGAUAUAAUGAACGGCAAGAAGCGAAGUAGAUCUAAAAUGAGGCGAAGGAAAGUGCUGAAGAACGAAAGCGACGAAGAAUCUGACGCUAGUGAUAACGAAGAUGAUGAAGAUGAUUACAGUAGUUCGGAUGAUUCUUUCAUUUCCGAUGACGAGGACGUGUUGGAUGUUUCUUCUGAUGAAGAAUCCGACAUUAUUAAGGUAUCUGAUGAAUCAAACUGUGGAACGCCAAAAGAUCAACAUCCGAAUGGUAUAACCUCACCGGAUAACUUCAAUACUGAGCAAUCAAACGACGAUUUGAUUAAGACAGUUCAAUUAAUGGACAUCAACGACAUUAUAGAAAUUAUAACUGAAGAAUCCAUCCUUCAAAGCAUCAACAUUCUCAACAAUUGGCUCAAGAACGACAUCGAGGUUUUGAAAUCUUGCGCUUCUAAUACUGGUUUAUUAAAGCAAUUAACCUAUUUGAUUAAUUUAGUCAACAUCAAUUUGGGUAGCCCGAAGAUGAUUUCCGUUAAUUUAAAAUCAUCGGAAAUCGUUAAUAAAGGCUUAAAAAUACCGCUCUCGGAAGAUAUAAUACUUAAAGAUUUAGAUGUGCUGAAGGGAUCGCAGGAGAAUCUCGACUGGGCGUUCAUCAACAAGAAAAGUUUAAGUCUGAAAGAAGAGGCCGCUGUUAGGGUAGUGAAAUUGAUGGGUUUCGGGAAAUUUUUAACCGCCCUCACCGAAACCGGCAUUACCUAUGAUGAAAGCAACAACGUUCUGUUGUGCAAGUUGAAAGAGGCCACAGAUGAAGACGGAAAGAAAGCGUUGAUGUUUAUGAACGAUGAUGCUGAAUCUUCGACUAAUGACGGUAGCCCGAAAGCCGCGGUAUCUCCUACGUUUAACAAAGAUCCAUCGGAUAGAUCAAACGAAGGGAAAUUGUCGAAAAUGAAGCACAUGGGUCAGCUGUGGCUGGCGGCCGAAGUUAGAGCUCUCGAAAGUCGAGUAGGAGCUGGUAGAGUCGCUCUAUCGCCCUAUCUGGUCUUGGACGCCGACGCUUUGAUCAAAUACACGUACAUCGUUAAACAUUUGGUACACUCGAGGAAAUUCAUCGUACUGGUCCCGACAGCGGUGGUGUCGGCUCUAGACGAUUUAAAAAGGGAAAAAAUCGAAGCGAGAGACGCCAUAAGAUGGCUGGAGUCGCAAUUCCAUCGAGGCAACCGAUUCUUCCGCGCCCAACGGCCGCAAGAGCGCAGUCCCAUACCGUUCAUCAAAUACCCCAAGAAGAAGGACAAGGAGAUGCACGUGUACAUUCAAAUAAUCGAGUGCUGUCACUUUCUGGCCGAGCAACAAAAGGGCGCCUCGGACGUGGUGACGUUGCUCAUCGGCAAUCAAAACGUGCUCUCGAACGGCGAAAAUAAGGAGUUCAGUUACGUGGGAUUGGCGCAAUCUGUCGGCAUCACCAUCGAGUCGAUAACGACGUUCUACGGUAAAUGGAAGAAAUCGAAAGGGAAAAGGUGAUGGGACCGAGAGGAGGAUCCUUACGCGACUGGACAGAGAUCAUUUUUUUUGGCGGAUAAACGGAAGACGUUCGAUCGAUGGCGCGCAGCCCAACAUGUAAUUACUUUCGGAUUUAUUUUACUACUAAUGAGAUUUUUUAUCAUGUGGGAUUUUAACAAAAUAGUAUUUUGGGCAUAAUUCAUAUUAUAUUGUUCCUGUGUAGUUAUUUUGUUUAUUAAUAAACACUCAGUUGAUUA